AGUCUAGUAGUCCCGCGAGCGCAAAAAGAAAGAUUGCAAUAAAGCUACAUGGUUUCAAAUGCAGUUAACAUCCGUUCGAAUGUAUGUUGUUUAUCCUACUUUAGUAUAUUAUUGAAACAAUGUCAAAUAUCAGAAGAAGGGUUAAAUUAUAUGCUUUAAAUGAAAACAAACAGUGGAUUGAUCGUGGUACUGGUCAUGUCUCGACUCUCUUUGAUGGGGUUGAUCAACGCACGAAUAAUAAAGGAAUAGUGUUAAUUGUACGUUCUGAAGAGAAUGGCAAUGUUCUCCUUGAAUCUCGAAUUUUAACAGAUACUGUUUAUCAGAAACAACAGGAAACUCUUGUUGUAUGGUCAGAAGCAAAUAAUGACUUUGCAUUAAGUUUUCAAGAAAAAGAAGGGUGUGGGGAUAUUUGGGAAAAGAUAUGUCAGGUACAAGGUUUUGAUCCAUCAGUUGAUAUAACACAAGAUGUUGGUAACAUGACAGAUUCAGACAUGCCUCAGGAUGAUGAAGAUGGUUUACAUGUAUCAAAUAAUGAUGAAACCUUUGAAGAAGUUCAAGAUUUUUCUGCUAUUGAGCUUCCUUCAUGUGAACUUAGUAAAUUAGAAGUUAUCUCAGAACUUUUUCAAAGUGUUCUCCCCUCACCUAUAGGUAGAGAUAAAUUAGCGAUAGCUAUUGAAAAUGACUCAUAUAUUAAAAAACUUAUUGACUUAUUUCAUAUGUGUGAAGAUUUGGAAAACACAGAAGGUUUGCAUACAUUAUUUCAAAUAUUCAAAUCAUUAUUUAUGCUGGAAAAAAAUGCAUUGUUUGAAGUUAUGUUUCAACCAGAUAUAAUUAUGGACAUUGUUGGGGUGUUAGAAUAUGAUCCUAGUAGGAAGCAACCAAUUCAACAUAGAGAAUUUCUUAAAAAAACAGUUAAAUUUAAUGAAGUUAUUCCUAUUACUAAUAAAGAGCUUUUGACAAAAAUUCAUACAACAUUUCGUGUUCAGUAUAUAAAAGAUAUUUUGGUGCCUGCACCAUCUUUAUUCGAUGAAAACAUGUCUACCAUGAAUUCCUAUUUGUUUUUCAACAAAAUUGACAUUGUUAAUAUUAUUCAGGAAGACCCUCAUUUUCUUGAUGAACUUUUUGCUAAACUAAAAGAUGACGAGUCAUUUGAUGAAAAAAGAAGAGAAGUGGUACUUUUGUUAAAAGAACUCUGUAAUCUAUCACAAUCAAUGCAGCUGGAAAAUCGUGAUAGUUUUUUACAAAUUCUUCUUGAUCGUAAGCUUUUUUCUAUUCUGAAACCUCUUCUGAAUUUAGAUGAUCAAAUUAUACAAAGUGCUGUUAUAGAUAUAAUUUAUUGUAUUGGUGACCACAACCCUGCUAUGAUUCGCAAUUAUCUUCUUAGCGAAGCAAGCACAGAUGAUGAGGAGUCAAUGUUGUUGAAUGUCUUUAUUGUUUUAUUAUGUUCAAAAUCAUUUUCUUCAAAUGGUAUCGAUGUUACACUUAUGCAUCUAAUAAAAAACCUACUCGACACAGAUAAUAUGGGAUUGGGACCAAAUAAAAUGGAAAAAGCUGAGUUCUUAAGCUAUUUUUAUCGUCACUGUGUUCAUAUACUUACAGCUCCUAUAUUUGAAGUCACUAACGGGAACGAACUUACUGGAAAAGACGACUACGAACGUGCAGUUAUUCUUGAUCAUGUGAUUGAUCUUUUAACAUUUUGUGUCGUUCACCACAGUCAUCAAAUACGAUCUCAUAUCCUUGGUAAAGAUAUACUGAAAAGAGUUCUGGUUCUUAUGCAGUCUAAACAUAAGUUUCUUGUUUUGGCUGCACUAAGGUUUUGCCGGAAGAUAAUCAAUCUUAAAGAUGAAUUAUACAAUCGUUACAUUACUGUUGGAAAGCUUUUGAAACCUGUUGCUGAUGCAUUUAUAAAAAACGGAGAGCGUUACGACAUGUUGAAUUCUGCAAUCAUUGAGUUAUUUGAAUUUAUUAGAGUGGAGGAUAUCAAAACAUUAGUUACAUAUUUGGUUGAAAAUCAUUAUGAGGCGUUUGCAAAUGUAAAUUACGUUGGAACAUUUCAAGGUCUGAAAGUUCGGUAUGACCAAGAUAAAGACAGAGAAGAGAAUGCUUUUGGGAGAGAUGAAAAAGUUUCUGGUAUUAUACAUUCAAAUGAUGGUGUGUGUAAAAAACGCGAUGAUCGCGUACUUGACGAGUAUGAAGAAAAUUGGUUUGAUGCCGAAGACGACGAAUUAAACGUAACAACUAACAGUGAAGUUAAUAAUGCAAUGAAACCUUUAAACUCAAAAUUGAAAGAUGUUGAUCUAUUAGAUAAUAUCCCAUUAUUAAAUAGACCCUCAAGUCCCCAAAAGUUAGGUCAAAAUAAUACAAAAAGUGGUCCCAAUAGCCCACAAAAGAAUGUACUUUCUGAAAAUUCACGAAAAGGUAGUCCUGAAGUUCAUAAAAGUGGUCAAAAAAUUCUUCCAGAUUCACCAAGGCCAACCAGUCCUAUUAGCCAUAAAAGCCUCGAAGAAAGGUUCUCGACAAACAAGCAAUUACCAGGCUUAAAUAACAAACCUUUAAUGAACAUAAAAAUAAACACUGGUAUACUUAAUUCUUUAAUUGAAAAUCAUAGCAAUGAUACGAACAAUAAAUCUUUAAAUGAUAAAAUUGACGAGAUUAAAGAAUCGACUUCGUUUCCGCCGAAGACAAAUUCACUUCUUACCAGUCUCGUUGAUUAUCCCGAUGACGACGAAGAAGAUGAAAUGAAUUUACCGGACGAAGAUGUAACUGUGUCUCCCUGCAAAAGGCAGCGAAUUGGAUCAACAUGAUUAACUAACAGAAUCAACUAAAAUUUACCGAAAUUAAUACCCUCUAAUUAUAGAGAUACCGCUCGUUGCCAUGGUUUACCGCUUUUUGAAAUUUGACACGUUUUCAAAGUAAUUUGACAACAGCAAUUUCAAAACGAAACUUCUCAUGAAGAUUUUGUAAAAUUUGGUAUAGAAAUCACCUUUCCAAAAUACGAUAGCGAUCUGUUU